AUUUGAUGCACUUUUCUGAAGUAUAUACUCUGUGGAUGCACUAUAUUGGCAUUUGGCGCUAUAGUAGCGUAUCGUUUGUUGUUUAUUAUUUAUAACAAACAAUUUCGUUCAACUAAAAGCCAUAAGAUAAAAUAAUUAUAACAAACAAUUUCAAGAUUUUUCUGUUUUGAUGUUCGAUGAAGUGAGUCAAUAAAAAACCAUGGCUUCAUCAAGUAAAUUGCCUGGAACUGGCUUAGAAGACGUCGGAGUACCUGGUCAAACAUUUCUUCGCGAUGCCCUAACAAGUUGUACGGAUCCUUUAAAAGCCAUCGAAGAGUUCCAACUUGAAAAUGGUAUAUUAUUACCUUCUUUAAGACCUAUGUUACCGUUAUUGGAUCUUCACGGUGUCCGCAGACUCGAUUUUCAUACAUCUGUUUUAGAAGAAUUGAGGGAUAAAUUAAUAUCACACAUUAAUGAAAUGGGUUCACAUAAAGACAAAAAGGAGCAUGAAAAGAAACUUAAAGAACUAUUGUUGAAAAGUUUUCCUGUCGUCAAAGUAAAGGCCCUUAGACCAGUUAUUAUGAGUAUUUUGAAAAAUACAUCCCAUAUUGAUGACAAAUUUUUGAAAGUACUAGUUCGUGACAGGGAUCUCUAUAAUGACACAGAUACUGAAGUAAAGAGACAGAUCUGGCAAGAUAAUCAAUCACUAUUUGGUGAUGAAGUCUCACCGUUACUCAGUCAGUACAUAAGGGAAAAGGAAAAUGUGUUAUUUGACCAUGAGAAGGAUACAAAUUUAUUUUUUGCACCUUCUCCAAAAGUGAGAAGACAAGGUGCAGUCGUACAAAAACUGGCACAUAUGAUAGGAACAAGUGUAAAACUAUAUGACAUGGUUUUGCAAUUCCUUCGAACAUUGUUUCUUAGGACAAGAAACGUACAUUACUGUACAUUAAGAGCAGAACUUUUGAUGGCACUUCAUGAUUCAGAAGUUCAAGAUAUUAUAUCAGUUGACCCGUGCCACAAGUUUACAUGGUGCUUAGAUGCAUGUAUCAGAGAAAGAAAUGUUGAUAUUAAAAGAUCGAGAGAAUUGCAAGGAUUUUUAGACAAUAUAAAAAAAGGGCAGGAACAAGUUUUAGGAGAUCUGUCUAUGACGCUAUGUGAUCCAUAUGCCGUUAACUUUUUAGCUACGUCAGCUAUAAAAAUUUUACAACAUUUAAUUAACACUGAAGGACUUCCAAGAGACAAUACAAUAUUAAUCUUAUUACUUAGAAUGCUUGCAUUAGGUUUAAGUGCAUGGGAGAUGAUUGAUUCCCAAGACUUUAAGGAACCCAAACUUGAUAGUCAAGUGAUGACAAAAUAUCUGCCAGCUUUAAUGUCUUUAAUGGUAGAUGAUCAAGUUCGUGCCUUACAUAACAAGCUUCCCCCUGAUGAGAGAGAAUCUGCUAUAACUACAAUUGAACAUUCAGGACCACCCCCUGAUGCAUGUGAGGCAUACAUGAGGGAGAGUGCAGUAUGUGGCGUGCUGGCUAUGUAUUACACUCUUCAUGCUGCGAAGCUAAGAGACAGAGGUGCGAUUCUCAGGAUUCUUAGUAUUUUAGGAAGUUGCAAAGAUGGCCGAGCCUAUGAGGAUCCAUUUUUGCAUGCCCUUGUAGCUUUAUUGAUACAGCUACCAGACGAGUUCCAGGGUGAAGAUUUCAGCACAGUAUUAUUUGAUGAAUUUUUCUUCGCUGGCUUAUCAAAAGAUAAUGUCACAAGACAUUUAUUAAAGUUACUGUGGUAUAUACAUCCUAAAUUACCAGAAACAAGAAUUCAGACCUUAAUAAAAGCUUUACAACCUGGUACCCAGCAUAAUGAAUCUGUCCAUAAAUUAUAUGAAACUUUACAGCAGAAAAUGCAUACACAAACUGAACCAACUCUGGGUACUACUGAAAUGGAAUAUUUGGAUUCUCCACUCAUGAGUGUUCCAACACCAGCGCCUUAUCAUAUGUAGAUAGUUGUUAUCCUAUAUAAUAAUAUAUUAAAAUAAUUUAACACCAUUAA